UAGUCACAGACCAUGCAAAUACACAAUUCAGCACAAUGAUGCUGCAGUUAUGGGUUAUUUUCCUACAGUUACGUAUACCUUGAUGCAAUUUGACAUUUUGGAAUAUUUUGUUGGUUACAUUUUUUUUUUCUCCACAAUUUUACAGUUGCCAAUAGUACAAGUACAGUAUACUCUACUCAUUUUAGAGGUCAUUCACAGAUAAUAAGGAUAACGAUGAUGUCAACAAAUGUAGACUCAAUAAAUGAUGUACAUGCCCUUUUCCUGUAUGAUAGCAGGCAACAUAAAAGUUGUUUUCUCUGGUCCAGAAGUGUAAGUAUAGAAUCAUUUGCACACAUUUGCAGGUGAUAAUAAUUCUCAAUUGGUAAGUUUACCCAAAUAGCAUUUAUCAUAAUGGAAAUGUGUGAACUAUAUUGUUAAAGAUGUUUUCAUUCAUUUUAAAACAAUUUCUUUGAGAAAGGAAAACAUUUAUCAAUGUACAUCUAUAAACCCAAACUUCAAAAUUCUACUGUAUGCAAUAUUACUGUAGUGAUAACACUGACAUAUUUUGAAAUUAUUUUUUAAUUGUAUUUUAUAAUUUUUUUUUUAUUACCUGUAGUGUAUAUUUUGUUUUGUAUUGUAAUUUCAUACUUGUUUGGAAUGUGAUAAAAACAUUGAGAUUUGAUCAACUGAGGCUUUUUUAAACUAAGAGAUACAUUGGCCUUGAGCAUUCCUGUAAAUGAGUAGGAGCGCUAUACAAAUCUUAUUUAUUAUUAAUACCUUGUAUCUCAUUUUAUGCAAUUGAUUGUAGUAUAUAACAUUAUAUAUUAUGGAAUGUGCCAUGCUUGAUGAAUUUUAAUUAAUUUUUAAUGUUUUUUUUUUCCUUAACAGAAUCAAUCUUACCACUUCAAUUUGGUUUUACUUGUAGGACUAAAUGUUGCGAAUGACAAGGCAUCAGCUACAUUGCUUUUUAAAACAUUUUGCAGAAAAAUUAUUAUUAUGUGUACAAUAUGCAAUUGUGGUUUCAAUGAUUAUUUUUUUCUUUCCCAAUGAUUAAUGCAAAAUUUUCUUUGAUUUCUCCUUUACUUCCUCAGAAACACUAACUAUAUAUUCUUUAUUUUCCUAGAAAUGUUUAAAACAAUUGCAUUUUAUCAAUUCCAAUCAUUCAUUCAUGUAUACUUAUUACUUUUAAAAUUGUUUUGCAGUGCAAUGCGUAUUUUGUUGACGCAGUUACCAAGACCAUGGAUUGUGGAUGAGAAGAAAGAUGACGGCUACACAGCACUCCACCUUGCUGCCCUCAACAACCAUGUGGAAGUUGCUGAACUCUUGGUUCAUCAGGGCAAAGCAAACAUGGACAUACAGAAUGUCAACCAGCAGACAGCACUUCAUCUUGCCGUUGAAAGACAACAUACUCAGAUUGUCAGGCUUCUUGUAAGAGCUGGUAGUAAGCUUGACAUACCAGACAAAGAUGGAGACACUCCUCUACAUGAAGCACUACGCCACCAUACGCUCUCUCAACUACGACAACUUCAAGAUAUGCAAGAUGUAGGGAAGUUAUUGAUGGGAUUGAGCACACAAGGAACUGAUAAAAAGAGCAGUGCCUCUAUAGCUUGUUUCCUGGCAGCAAAUGGUGCUGACCUCAAUGUCAAAAAUAAGAAGGGACAGUCCCCAUUAGACUUGUGUCCAGACCCAAAUCUCUGUAAAGCUUUGAAAAAAUGCCACAAAGAGAAAUAUAGCAAUACUCCUGUACAACAAAGUAACAAUCUUGUACACCAAGAAGAAGAUUCAUUAGAUGAAUGCAUGGUAUGCUCUGAUAUGAAGCGCGACACCAUAUUUGGACCAUGUGGACACAUUGCUACAUGUUCACUGUGCUCACCACGUGUAAAGAAGUGUCUAGUCUGCAAAGAGCAGGUGCAAUCCCGUACUAAGAUUGAAGAGUGUGUGGUCUGCUCCGAUAAGAAAGCUUCUGUGUUGUUCAAGCCAUGUGGACAUAUGUGUGCUUGCAGCAGCUGUGCCAAUCUGAUGAAGAAAUGUGUGCAGUGCCGAGAAACCAUUGAUAAGACUGUACCAUUUGUUGUAUGCUGUGGAGCUGAGCAGCCUGCUGUUCCAGUGCAACAGAAUAAACCAGUUAAUACUAGAACAAUCCAGAAUAAUGCAGACAUUAUCAAACUCCAACAACAGCUACAAGAUAUCAAGGAUCAGACAUUGUGUCCAGUAUGCCUCGACCGUCUGAAAAAUAUGAUUUUUCUAUGUGGCCAUGGUACUUGCCAACUUUGUGGAGACCGAAUGUCAGAGUGCCCAAUCUGUCGCAAAACAGUUGAAAAACGCAUCUUACUUUACUAACAAAAUAAUUAGUAUUAUAUAGUUUAUGGCCAGUAAACAUAAAAUAAUGAACUGCUCAAUUGUGAAUACCAUCUACGUGCCAUGAUUAUUUGAAAUAUAAAAAUUUGUCAAAUUGAUUUACUAAAGAGGCCAAGCUCUCGAUAGUCAUUACUUGACACCUAGAACCUGCUGGCCUCCACCAUAUUCUCAUACGCUUUUUGUAAAGUAGUCCAGAGGUGGGCACAAAAAUGGGUCAGAGGGCCAAAUUCAGAUUUUGAUUAACACCAAGGGCUGCACCAAAAAUUUCAAACAAUACGAUUUGUUUUGCAUAACAGUAAAAUUAAUUCAAAGACUCGUCCAGUGCGAGUUUUUGGGAUCGUCCACUCUUAACAAGGGUUGACGUAUUUGUAUAAGUUAACCUACAGUAAAUUUAAUCUCUUGGCCAUCCACGUGCCAGAAGGUAUUAUUUCUUUUCAUUUUCUCAAUGAUGAAACUACUCAGGAUUUUGAGAUUUUUGGAUGAAUUUCGGUCUUGUACGGUAUGAUCAUAUAAAAGACCAUCGGCUGAGGCCUAGCUAUUAACUCGGCCUACGCUAGGCCCUAGGCCGAGCAAAGCCAGAAUUGGUCUAGGCCCUGAGGCUAGAGGUUGCCUACCGUAGGCCUAGGCCUAAGAUUUUAAAAAUAAAGGAAUACUUUCUCGAACUCAUAUUUUUAACUAAUAGGAGGGCCUAAUUAGUAUCAAAUUUCAAUACAUGUACAGGAAAGGAGAGUGAUCUACAAAAAUCCCUACCUACGCUACGAAUGGAUUACAUGGUCAAUUACCAAUUCUGAUGCCUCAGCAAAGCUUCAAAAAUCACUGUUUUAAAAUCACAAAUUCAGUUAUAUAGUACAUAUAAUUGUUUAUACAUAGAUAAUAAAUAUCACAAAUAUUUACACUCGCUAUGAAUAUAAGUUAUGCAAAAUCUGGCAACAAUUUUGUAGGUUAUAUGACUUUAUUGGAUAACUAUAAGAAUUUUUAGAGCCAAAAAAACUCUAAACUCUAAUUGUCCUGUUUUGUGGCCCAAAACAAAUUGUAUUGAACCUUCAUGCACUGCUUUAAUACCACUUUAUUCUCCAUUAUAAUACCAGUAUUACAUUUUACUUUUUAUCCAUGUUGGGCCGUCAAAAACAAGGCAUUUUCAACUAGAGAUGAUUGGCGAGCUGGGGGCCGGGAAGAGAAAUAUGUACUUUUUACAGAUUCCUAGACUCUGAAAUCGAUUAAAUAACAAUUUCAAGUCCCUAAAUAGUGGGAUGCUUUGGUCCACUAGUGAUAUGAUGAAGGGUAAUUCGUGAUAUUACUGAUGAAGGGUAAUUAAAUACUCUAUUUGACUAGGGUCCCAGUUUGACUAUUGAUUAUCCACACUAUAUAUUAGUUGACCUCACCAGCAGAUAUAGUCAAGUUUAACACUCAGCAUCACUAGUCUUGAUUGGUCACUUUUUUGGCAAUUCUAUACACAUUCUGAUCUUGAUCUGCUGCUGUGCGGAACGCACUCUUUAAAUAUCUUUGAAGGCUGAGACAGCCAACUUCUUUAAUUAUUGGUUCCGGCUGCCGUAAAGUGUUCUUUCCAGGGACCUGGUAUGAAGUAAUUAUACAUUUAAUUAUUGAGACUAAAUCUGCAUCAAUUGUGAAUUUGGCUUUCGAAAAAAGAAAUAGAGGAAGAAGAAUUAGUGAAUUGAUAGAUCUCUUCAGCACAUUAAGAACAAUGUAUUAUUUUUCUUCAAAUUAUCAAUUGCUUACAUGAGAAAGUGUUGCAGCGACUAUAUUAUUGUGUUGUAAGAUUAAUUCUGCUGCAAACCUUCAAUAUUAUUGCAGAAACCUUCAAUUGUGAAGUUGGCUAUACAAAAAUUUUAGGAAGGAUGGAAAUGAAAAAGAGAUGAUCAAUUAACAACAGAUUCCUGUGGCACAUAUACAACAAUGUGAUCUCUUAUUUGGUAAUGGCUGUGACAAAUUGUAUAAAUUAAGAAUUUUACAUGUAAGAAAGUAUCAACUUUACAUUUACAUUUUAUUCAAAGAUUGACAGCAUUUUUAUUCUAUUUUCAUUCAUUCAGCUAUUUGAGAUUUAGGCUAGUUGCCAUAUCCCAUUCGUAAAAUGCUACAUUGAAGACUACAGUCUAUUGAAACACUUUUUUGCCAAUCACUGGAUUUGUGACACAACAAUUUGUAUUCCCAGUUUGCCUAAUGUCCAUCUAGUGAAUGACAAGAAUAGCUACAUAUUGUAUACUUCCAGGUAGGCCUGCAAAAGGAUACAUUGUAACUAUUGUGAUUACCCAUCUGAAUGACAAACUAAUAAAAUCAUCAAAAGGAAAUCUGUUGAUAAAAAUUGUAAGGGCCUCAUCUUUGUAGCUUUUGAAGUAAGGGCACAGGACACACUUUGGGAAACCUGAAACCCCUAACAAUUACCCUAACCGGUGGGACAGUGUUUGGUAACUACAGUCUGGCAUUACGCAAACUGGGCAUAUAACGCUUACUGUAUGUACAAGAUACGUAUGCGGCAUGUCAUUCCUCUUCUAAAAUAUACCUGUCUAAAACUUAUUUUCUAGGUUUGAAUAUUAUAUUUGUGCCUGUAUAUACAUAUAUAUAUAUUGUAACCCUGCAAUCACAGGCAGAUUGUAUAUCAACUUAAAUGUUUACAAGGUUCUAACCAUUAGCUAAAAUUAAUUCAGGUUGUACUCGGUAUAUCUUACAUUCAUGAACUCAUCUGUGUGAAAGUGAAAAAUACAUUAUUCCAAUUAUAAAUGGAAAACUCAAGAUAAUUCAUUUCUAGAUGCUAAAUUUGUUAAUAAUCUACUAGAUUUAAUUCUAGAUCUAAAAGUCACAAGGAAUGGACCGUUUUAAAGACAGUCUGUCCACCUUGGAUUUUUUUGCCAGAUUUCUCACAAACACAAUAUGCAAUGUAUUGCAUGAGCUAUGGUUAAUCACAUUUGCAGGAAUAACUAACAUUAUUUUUUCAAACUACCUGUUUAGCUUAGGCUUCGUUUAAGUGUCCCUUAUUACUUAACUCUGGUAAUCAUUUGCAUAUAUGGCUUUGCCUGUGUGGUUGGCAUUUAAGUGUCCACAUAUUCUGCACUUGUAGUCAAAUACUGAUGAAAGUAUUGCUUGACUACGCUUGUUUAUACUUCAUAAAUAUUUAUUAGGUAAUAACAACAUUUUAUUGGUAAUUUCAACUGCUGCCCUGUGCAUGAGAAAUUUACACAGAUGCAGAGAAAAUUAUACUACCUAAGAUUGGUUGCAUACAAUCACUACGUUGUCACUAUGGUGUUUUCAGUGCAAUCAUUGUACUGCCUAGCAUUUCCGGCGCAAAAGCUUUCGGCGAUAGCGUGUAGAACUUGUAUGGAAACCAAGCUUUAUUCACCCCCAUCUAUGUGUACUGUAUGCAGACUGUGCAAUUUUACCCCAACAAUCAAAAUGGCUAAAGUUGAUUGAUUGAGAUAUAGUAAAGCUUAUGUAUUAUUUUGGUUAAACAGUGAAUUCAACUUUCCUCAGUGUUAUAUGCUUGGGAAGUGGAGGGAGGUACUCCCAGUCCUCCAGGUAGAGUUCACAUCAGACCAUGUUGUAUUUGUAUAUCUUAUCCAGUCUCUAUUGAGUUUUUAAUAAAUAACUGCAUUUUUUUCCUGGUAACUUUGCAUAAUCUAGGCUACAGAUAUUUUAUUUGUACUGUAUAGUAUUUAUAUAGUAUUUUAUGUAAAAAUGUUAUCUAAACACGUUAUAUUUUCAUUG